ACUCUAUCAAAUAACAGAGUUCAGAAGCAUUGAUAGAGAGUGGGUGAGAUGGACAUGGAAUGGACUCAGAUGAGUACGCAAGAGAGCAACGUUAAUCUUGAUGGUAACAAUAUCGAUUUCUUCCCAAGUGGACGUAACUUAGAAUAUCUCUGCUUCAACAACCCUCUCCAAGAAGACGACAACAACAUUGAUCACACAUUCUCUUCUUUGAUGGAUCUCAUCUCUCAACCGCCUCCAUUGCUUCUUCACCAACCACCACAACCGUCGUCAUCUCCUACUCCGUUGUUCUCCUCUUCUUUCGAGUAUCCUUUUCUCGAGACGUUACAAGAUGUUAUGGAAUCCCCUUAUUAUCCUCCAUUGGAGGUUUCAGCUUCUCAAGAAGGCAACAGUAAUGACAAUUCUUCACCAUUGAUGGAGGAAAGCAAGAGCUUCAUGAGAGAAACGAACAAGAAAAAGCGUAAUAGGAAUGUUGUAGGUCAACCCUCUAAGAACCUCAUGGCGGAGAGACGGCGGAGGAAGCGGUUAAAUGAUCGACUCUCCAUGCUCCGAUCCAUUGUCCCCAAAGUCACCAAGAUGGAUAGGACAUCGAUACUAGGAGAUGCCAUAGAUUACAUGAAGGAGCUUUUGGAGAAGAUUAACAAGUUGAAAGAACUUGGAAGCAACUCUGAUCUCAAGGACAGCCUCACUACAGACCAAUCUAUGGUCAGAAACUCCCCCAAGUUUGAAGUGGAUCAAAGAGAAGUUAAUACACACAUAGAUAUAUGUUGUUCUACAAAACCUGGCUUGCUUCUAUCAACUGUUGGUACAUUAGAGAUUAAUCUAGGCUUGGAGAUUCAACAAUGUGUCAUUAGCUGCUUCGGUGACUUUUCAUUACAGGCUUCUUGUUCAGAGGUUGCUGGGCAGAGAGACUGCAUUACUUCGGAAGACAUAAAGCAAGCAUUGCUCAAGAACGCAGGUUAUGGAGGAACAUGUUCCUAGGAAGAUUUAUAGUUACGAUAAUAUAAAAUAAAGCUGAAAGAUUGCUUUAUCUCGAAUAUUUUGAUUUUUCUUAGGGAAAUAUCUUUCAGUAUUGUAAUAACAGAACAUAUUGUUCAGAACGUAACCAUUAGUCCCUGUCCCUUAGUGAACGACUAAUCAAAACUAUC